ACCUACAAUGUACUUAUAAUAUCUGGUCCAAAUAUAUUUUAAUAUGACGCCAUAGUGCAACUUUUAGAAAAGCGCUACGGUAACCCUGAUGUGAGCUUAACGAAAGGUUGAAACCCAUUGACAGAUGCAAGCAAAAGACUGUUUACAGAAAAAAGUGGCGCUUUGCUAAAAUAUUGGUGAAAAACAUUAAAAUCUUGGUAAUCUCGUUGAAAAAAAUCAGCAAAAAUUGCGUCGGAAGGGUCUGAACAACAACACAAGAUGGAUAGGCGAAAGAAGCGCACAUCCACAAAUCAAUAUAUGAUGUACUUGGAUAUGAUGGAAAAGGACUCUAUAUUCGCAACAGGACGCAUUCCACGGGAUGUUGAGAGCAAUUAUUUGCACAAAAAAUGGAAGGAACUUUCCGAUAAGUUGAAUACAUGUAACAGUGGACCAACGCUAACAGCAGAAGAAUGGCGGAAGCGCUUAAAUGAUUGGAAGAACACAACCCGCUGUAAAUAUAGGCGAAGCUUUUCCGGCGAAAAAGAUAUAUCAUUAACAUCUCUAGAAUUAAAAGCACUCGAUCUUUUUGGCAAAGUGCCAAACACUUCAUCGGAACCAAUGAGUAUAACCCUAAAAUGUGAGAAGGAAGAUCCAGACGAAGAAAAAGAACAUCAGCGAACAUCUGAAUCUCUGCAAAAAGAGUUGCAAGCAGCUGUUGAAGAAGCUAUAUGUGGCGAUGAUGACGAAGAUGUCAUGCAGGAUGACAGCGAAGACCAGGAAGAUAUCGUAGAGCAUGCAAUGUCAAACAAUGUUCAAACAUCUGUAGGAAAUUCGAGUACAACAGGAAAUGUGGAGACUACGACCUAUCGUACUAUUGUGGUGGAGAACGCGCAAUUUACAGAUGAAGAGCAGAACCAAGAUCAUUUGGAGUUUAUCACACAGCGACGUCACACUUUGGGAACGUCAUCCACAUCGAGCAAUGCCGUGGCAACCGCCGUGCAGACAACGGUAACAGCGGCACCUCCAAUCCAAGCCAAUGUCACAAAACUCAUCAAUGGUGAAAUGCCGUUGAAACGGUUGCGCACGCAGCCUCCCACCGAACAAGUAGUUUACGAAGUUAAAAAGGCGCCAAUAGUUCAACAUCCACAACCGCGAACCAUAACCAUACGUAAUACUGCAGUGCCGCAAACGGAAUGUAACAACAGCAGUAGCAGCAGCCAAUUGAUGGCCUUGAGUAGUCUUACAUCGCCAGAUGUGCGUGAAAUAGCACGACAACUUAAACGCAUAGCGGAUGUUAAAGCUGAGAAGCUGAGAUUCGAAAUAGCACGCUUUAAAUUCAACAAUCCAGGUUUUGUUUAUCAUUCACCUACAUUAUAGUAUACUUAUAUUAGAGUAUACUUACUAUAAUUUACAGUUUGCAACGGAAAUGCAAUAAAUUAUUCACGAAAUUUUGUUAUAAAUAUAAAUUUUCUACUUAGUUGUAAUCGGCCCAAAUAUUAUACUAUAUCUUACUAAACGACUAGAAGUAGUAGAUCUAAUGCAUUACACAGUCCUAAAUUAAUUGAUUAUUCCAAUCUCCAUUUUGUAUUUAUCAUUUAUUAUAAUAAGGUAAUUUAAGUCUCAAAAAUAAGUUACAUAAUUAUCCUAUUUGCAAGCCUGGCUAUUGACAAGAAAUCAGUAAUAUUCCAGAACCCUACCAUAUGAGCGUCACUCAAAUGCCAUAGUCUCCUUUAAAGUCAUAGGCACUUU